AAUAUUCCAAAAAGCUUCCCCUCGUGAGUUGCGUUGGGCCUUCACUUACCAGUCAAUUGCCAUAGACUGGUUGUGCACAUUCUCUGUCCAUCAUCAAUCAUGUCCACUGCCGCGGUAGCCCAGAAACCUCCACACCUUCUAGUCUUUCCCUACCCAGCUCAAGGCCACAGCCUCCCUCUUUUAGACCUUACCCACCAACUCUCUCUCCGCAACUUUACCAUAACCAUCAUAACCACUCCCAAAAACCUCCCUACACUCUCUCCGCUCCUCUCCUUCCACCCUCGAAUUCAAACUCUAAUCCUCCCUUUACCGUCUCAUCCUUCGCUCCCUGGCGGCGUGGAGAAUGUCAAAGAGCUCGGUAACGCAGGAAACUUACCCAUAAUCGCAGCCUUAAGCAAGCUUUAUCACACUAUUAUCCAGUGGUUUCGUUCCCACCCUAACCCUCCUGUUUCUCUCAUUUCUGAUUUCUUCCUCGGGUGGACACUACGCCUGGCUAACGAGAUCAAUAUCCCCAGAUUCGCCUUCUUUUCAUCCGGUGCGUUUCUGGCAGCGGUUGCUGACCAUUGUUGGAAUAACCUUGAGACCGUAAAGACUUUAGACGUCGUGGGCUUCGUUGACUUGCCCAGAUCACCGUCGUUCAAGGCGGAGCACCUGCCAUCUAUAUUCCGAUUGUACGAGGAAUACGACCCUGAUUGGCAGGUCGUUAGGGAAGGAAUGCUUGCAAAUACCUUGAGUUUUGGGUGCAUCUUCAAUAGCUGUGAGGCUCUGGAGGGUGAAUAUUUGGGUUUCUUGAAGAAGAAAAUGGGGCACGAGAGAGUAUUUGGGGUUGGCCCUCUAAGCUUGUUGGGUCCGGAUCAUUCCAGUCGGGGAAACCCCGAUUCGGGUUCUUUUGCCCACGUGUUCGAUUGGCUCGAUGGGUGCCCGGAUGGAUCCGUAGUCUACGUCUGCUUUGGGAGUCAAAAAUUGAUGAGCAAGGCACAAAUGGAGGCACUGGCGUCGGGUCUCGAAAAGAGCAUGGCUCGAUUCAUUUGGGUUGUCAAAAUGGGCACAACCCAACAGGUGGAAGACGGGUAUGGGAUAGUACCCCAUGGGUUCGAGGAACGGAUCGCUGGGAGGGGCUUGAUCAUAAGGGGGUGGUCGCCACAGGUGAUGUUAUUGAGUCACCGAGCGGUGGGUGGAUUUCUGAGUCACUGUGGUUGGAACUCUGUUCUAGAGGGAAUAGUGAAUGGGGUGCUGAUAUUGGCUUGGCCUAUGGAAGCGGACCAGUUUGUGAAUGGGAAAUUGUUGGUGGAGGACUUGGGGGUAGCGGUGAGGGUAUGUGUGGGGGCAGACUCGGUGCCAGACUCGGACGAGUUGGGAAAAGUGAUUGGUGAGUCGAUGAAUGGGGUUGGAUAUGAAGGAGAGAAAAUGAGGGCCAAGGGUUUGAAAGCCAAAGCGGUGGGAGCUGUGAGAGAUGGUGGGAGGUCUUCGAAAGACUUGGAUGAGCUGGUCAAUGAGCUGUGGAAAUUACAAGCCAAAGCCAAAAAAGACCAAUUACAGAUGCAACGAUAGUGAUAAAGAUGUGAACAUGGCAUGCAAAUUGCUUCUGAACCAAUCGAAAUCUCCUCCAAGCAAAUAGGGCAGUGUUGAUUUAUAGACUCUUCAACUUUCACCAUCUCCAAAGCUUCAAUGGAUGAUUUAGUUGCGGGUGCUAGGCAUAAACCUGGAUCAUCAUCAUCACUCUCAGCCUCAAAAAUUAUUGGUGGAACUUCAAUGUUAAUUGCCAAAUGCAGAACCUUGUGACGACCCAUAUUGUAUUUAUAAUGAUCACUUGCUAUUUGACGAACAUUGUUCAGUAUUUGGUCUAUCAAGAAUUCCUGAAUAGGCACAUUCAUAUCAAGAAGAAUUUGACGUACAGUAGACCUGGAUGUUUCUUCAUGCAAGAAACGGUUGCGUUCAACUAGGAAUGUGCGUUGGCUAGUGUCACAUUCCGAGUUGGCAUAAAGCAGAAGUGAAUUUGAUUCACUUUCAUCAUCAUCAUCGACAUCUUCUUCUUCCUCCAUUGCUGAAUCGAGGUGAGGCAUGAAGGUGGCUAUGACCUUGAUGGAGAACAUAUCGCUGGAGAUGGAAGCAUUAUCCUCUGGUUCAGAAAUGUCAUCAACUGGAAUAACAUUGCAAUAAAUUUCAUAAUCUUCUAUUGAUAUCUCCAUUAAAAGAAUGAGAGAGUA